AUGGCCUUUCUCUGGGUUGUCCUUGGCUUCUCUCUCUUUGGCAGCAGCUUCGGCUGUGGGGUCCCUGCCAUCGACCCUGUGCUGAGUGGUCUGUCCAGGAUCGUCAAUGGAGAGGAUGCUGUCCCCGGCUCCUGGCCCUGGCAGGUGUCCCUGCAGGAUAGCACCGGCUUCCACUUCUGUGGGGGCUCUCUCAUCAGCGGGGACUGGGUGGUCACUGCUGCCCACUGUGGGGUCAGGAAGAACCACCUCGUGGUAGCUGGGGUGUCUGAUCAUGGCUCUGAGGAGGAGGCUGUGCAGGUGCUAAGGAUCGCUGAGGUUUUUGAACACCCUUUGUGGGACCUGCACACGGUGCGCAAUGACAUCUCCCUGCUGAAGCUGGCCACACCCGCCCGCCUCUCCGGGACGGUGUCUCCGGUCUGCCUGCCCAGCGCCAACGCCAGCUUCCCUGUGGGCUCCCUGUGCGCCACCACCGGCUGGGGCAAGACCUGGUACAACGCCAUCAAGACCCCCGACAAGCUGCAGCAGGCGACCCUGCCCCUUUUGUCUAACGGGGACUGCAAGAAGUACUGGGGCAGCAAGAUCACCGACGUGAUGAUCUGCGCGGGCGCCAGCGGCAUCUCCUCCUGCAUGGGCGACUCUGGUGGCCCCCUGGUCUGCCAGAAGGAUGGAGGCUGGACCCUGGUGGGCAUUGUGUCCUGGGGCAGCAGCCGGUGUCGCCCAUUCUCACCAGGCGUGUACACCCGGGUCACCAAGUUUAUUCCCUGGGUUCUGGAAGUUCUGGAGGCCAAUUGA